AUGCAGUUCUCAAUGACAACCAAGAGAAAGAAAAAGCAACAUGUCAUUUCUAUACCCAAAGAAGUUGUUGUUGAGAUAUUACGAAGAGUACCUUGCCAAGAUUUGUGUGAAACUUUAAAGAAAGUAUGCAUGCACUGGUGUUCGAUAAUCUAUAGCGGGAGCUUUGCCUACUCACAAAUUGAACGCGGAAUAUCAAAAUCCUCAUCAUCAUUCUCUCAAUUGGAAGCAGUUGUUGUUACUAGGGCUGAUGAUAGACGUUGUGUCACAAUCUCUGCCUUGGAAUGGCACAGUAUUCCAAACUAUCCAUUCGACGAACAAGAAUAUUGGAAGACUAAAUACAUGUUUACAAAAAAUGAUGUAUUUAUGGACACAUUAGAACCGGAAAUUUACAUGGCAAGGGCGGGUUCUGUGAAUGGUUUCGUGUGUUUCUGGAGUUCUGAUGCUCGUCUCCAUGUAAGCAAUCCUAUCACUAAAGAGUAUUUCACUACUCCGCCAUAUACAACAGAUAUAGGUUCGCUUUAUUAUAUACGCCGCCCUGCUCUACUUGGCUUUGGAUUUUGCCAUCUUUCGUAUGAAUACAAGGUAGUUGUUCUUGAAAAUGCAGGAUUAUUAGAUGGUGAGAUUAAACCAUUAGUUUUAACUGUUGGAACUGACCGUUCAUGGAGGUCUUUGAAAGCAAUUCCUGAUAGAAAAUUUGUUGCGCAAUUUCAGAUUUUUGGCGGGGUACAUGUGAAGGGAGUAUUAUAUUGGUACAUGGAAACUUGUACACUUACCGAAUGGCUAGAUAAUCAUGCAAAUGAUAGACUUAAAACCCUCAUCUGUUUUGAUGUAACUAAAGAAGACCUUGUUAUGAUUGUGGUUCCAAUUGAAAACCUAGAAGAAAAAUAUGUUAGUAUUAGUAUUGCAGAAAAAGGAGGAAAGCUUUGUUUGAUAAACAUAAAUUAUGGUCCCAUAUGCUCCCUGUUGAUCGAGUUAUAUAUUGCGCGGAAUGAUAUUGAUGACGAUUUGAGUAGUUUAAAUUCGUGGAAGAAAGAGCUGACUGUUACUGUUCCUAAUAUGGCUUAUGGUAUGGGUGUCAGGCACUUAUUCGUCUUAAUUGUUACUGAUGAGAUCAUGGUGAUUAGACUUAAUCAUGAUGCAACGUAUGGUUUUUUUGAUGUAGCAACUGGAAUGUUAUUGGGUGUACAUAGUUUGGUUCGCUGUGCAACUCUAGUCCCUUUUGUGCCAAGUUUGGUUUCUCUUUUCCAUCGUCCACCACUUUUUCCUUUGUUGAACUCUUCUGUUAGGUGCUAG